AUGUUUUGUGUUUCUGGGCUCGCCAUCCACAUUCGCCAGGGGUCACAGGCACGUCGCAGUCAUGAGCAGCUGAUUAGACAGCUUUUGGACCAGGGCAAAUGUCCUGAGGAGGGAUGGAACGAGAGCACAACAGAACUCUUCCUGAAUGAACUGGCUGUGAUGGACAGCAACAACUUCUUGGGAAACUGUGGUGUUGGUGAGAGGGAGGGCAGAGUGGCCUCUAGUUUGGUGGCCCAAAGACAUUACAGGUUAAUACAUGGGAUAGGACGAUCUGGUGACAUCGCUGCAACUCAACCCAAGGCUGCAGGUUCCAGUCUGCUGAGCAAGCUGACUAAUUCAGUUGUGCUGGACGAUUUAAAACUCUCAGGUGUGCAAAGUGUGGCCAGUUGCUUUGUAGUUCCAAUGGCAACCGGGAUGAGCCUGACACUGUGCUUCCUAACACUUCGCCACAAGAGACCAAAGGCACGCUACAUCAUCUGGCCCCGCACUGACCAGAAGUCCUGCUUCAAAGCCAUGAUCACUGCAGGGUUUGAACCAGUGGUGGUUGAGAACAUUUUGGAGGGCGAUGAGCUGGGAACAGAUCUGGAGUCGGUGGACCGUAAGAUGCAAGAGCUGGGAGCAGAGAACAUCCUUUGUGUCCACUCCACUACUUCUUGCUUUGCCCCACGUGUCCCCGACAGAUUGGAGGAGCUAGCCACUAUGUGUAGCAAAUAUGACAUCCCACAUGUUGUCAACAAUGCUUAUGGAGUGCAGUCAUUCAAGUGUAUGCACCUUAUUCAGCAGGGUGCUCGUGUUGGAAGAAUCGAUGCCUUUGUACAAAGCUUGGACAAAAACUUCAUGGUUCCAGUAGGUGGUGCCAUAAUUGCUGGUUUCAAUAAGUCUUUUAUUCAGGAGAUCAGCAGAAUGUAUCCAGGUUCAGCAUCAGCCUCCCCCUCCCUGGAUGUGCUCAUCACCCUGCUCACCCUGGGGGCCAGCGGCUACAGGAAACUCCUGGCAGAGCGGAAGGGAUCGACCCAGGAUGACACUUAA